CGUCAGCAUCCCCAAAGAUAUCAGUCGCCCAAAGUUCCCCCUUCGCUUAUCAUCUCUAUAGUCCGUAACUUUUCUACAAGCCUGAAAAUGUACAAGAAACUGUUCAUCACGUGUUUGGUAUUGGCCGUUUCGCGUGCCGCUCCGGUAGAGGAACCUACGGAAGUUCGUGUCUCCAGGGAUGCUCCAGAUGCUGCUGGUGACGAUGCCAGUGCUACCAUUGUGGCCCAGGAACAGAUCAUCAACGGAGACGGAAGCUAUGCGUACAACUUCGAAACGAGCAACGGAAUUCGCGCCAACCAGCGAAGUGAGAACGGAAUCAACGCCAAUGGCGAGUAUUCCUACGUUGCUCCUGAUGGUGUCGAAUAUCGUGUGACGUACGUGGCCGAUGAAGCCGGAUUCCAACCGAUGGGUGCCCAUCUGCCAGUGGAACCCCCAGCACCGGAGCAUGUCAUUAAGAUGCUGGAGGAUCUGCGCGCGGCCAAUAAUCCCGAGUUCGACAUUGCCAACCUAGACGCGACGAUUGCUCGGCUGAAGGCCACCCAAGGCUAAAGAGCGUGGGCCAACCAAGGCAUGUUGAGAAGCGGGCCAUUACCGAAUGGCUGUGUGAUGAAACGUUGUUCCACGGUGUGGAAUUUUGUACAUAUUUCAAACAUUAAAAGAGACAGGACGAUUAGUGCAAUGCGAGUUUAGCUUAUAAGACUGUAAAUAUACAAGUUGUUAUUUUAAA